UAUGACAGACGAAGAGCGUGCUAAGCAGGCAGCAAAGGAAGCCAGAGCUGCGGAAAGAGAAGCGCGUGAAGCCGAAGAACUCGCACGUCAGCCCAAGGCAGCGACAGGAAUGUGUUUGUUCUCAGCCAGUACUAGCACGCCGGGGCAGCCGGCGUCGGCACCGGCAGCGAACGGAAUCCAGCUACCAUCCCUACCUGGUGCUGGAGGAUCACUGGGAACGACGAACGCUGGACUCGGUCUGCUUGGAUCGCAGACCCAGGCGAACCAAUCUGCAACACCAAAGCCAACUCUAUCCCUUUUCAGUGGAGCACCGGACCCGUUAAACGCGGCUGCAAAUACUGCUACUACGCAACCUGCAGCUGGAGGGCUCAGCGUAUUGGGGGCCGCGGGAAACGCACAGCGUCCCACUCUCGGCUCUAUGCCUGCCCUUGGUCCAACAACACAAAGCAACAACCCCCCUGCCGCUCCUACUGCUCCUACCGCAAAUCGCUUUGGCGCGUUCCAAUUCCCGAAGCCUGCUGCGACUACAUCAACUGCUGGGCAGGCUCCCACAUCCAUGUUCAAUCGAACGACGAUGGCGCCCGCCUCUCAGACUCCGUCUCUAUUCCCCCAGCCCGCGACCACUCAGCCACAGUCGACCUCACUCUUCGGGGCGCCUGCUGCCACCUCUGCUUUUGGUCAGCGGGCGGCGUCAGGCUCUACAUCCUUCUUUGGCCAACUUCAACAGCAACAGCCUCAGCAGACGAGCGUAUUCGGGCAACCUUCGGGGGCGUUCGGAGCCAGCACUGGUGGGACGCUUGGUUUGAGCCAGUUGACGCAGAGCAUGAGGGCCCCACCACAGCAGCUAGGAACGGCCGCACCUCCGCCACUGCAAGCCCAGACUGUCACAAAAGCGGCCAGAUAUGACGAUCUCUCUGAAGCCGACAAGAUGGUGGUCAAGGAGAUAGACGAGCACAUUCGGGCUUGUAUGGAUGUUGCUAAAGAACUGAAAGCGAGCACUCUCGGGGAAGACAUCAACUCUUUGAGCCAGAGUAUCAAGAGAGUCCAAAUUGAUGCAACAAUAGUCAAAGACAACUAUGCUGUAGCAGAAGUGGUCACUCGCCAAGUACAAACGCAAAUGGAUAGCGAUCUAAAAGACGCCACGGCUGCCGUGGGAAUCAUCGAUAAGUUCAACGCAAAUCCGAAGCAGCCAGGACAUGCGCCAUGGCAGUCAGAGUAUCCAGUAAAAUACUUUGCUCGGACAGAGGCACAGAUGCGGAGCAGGCUCCAUUCCGCAAAAAACACCAUGCAGCAGAUUGAGAGCCUUCUACGGGAUUCGUACCGUCAUGAACAGAGGAGCGCCAAAGAAAUAUCGAAUGCGAUGGGAAACCAGACCGAUGCUCUCCUUGCGCUUGCUGGACAGACAGCAGAUUUGGAUGCCAAGGCUCAGCAGCUAAAAGGGGACUACACGCGAUUGUACAGGGCGAAGACAGGUAGUUCCAGGGACCCUUUUGUGGACGUACCGGGGCGACCGGUUGGUCCUGCAUGACCCUGUUUUGGGUCUAUCUUGUGUUGUG